AUGUCGUCCCAAGCGAAACUCUCCGCCACCGAGCGCUUCGAGCUCAUCUCGCGCGACCUUGACGAGGUGCUCGGCGCCGACAUCAUCAAGGCCGUCCUCGAAAAGGAAGAGCGUCCGCCCUCGGCCUACUGGGGCACGGCGCCCACCGGCCGUCCGCACGUCGGCUACCUCGUGCCCCUCACCAAGAUCGCCGACUUCCUCCGCGCAGGCGUCGAGGUCAAGAUCCUCCUCGCCGACAUCCACGCCUUCCUCGACAACCUCAAGGCGCCCAUCGAGCUCGUGCGUCACCGCGUCAACUACUACCGACACGUGCUCACCGCCGUCUUCCGCGCGAUCGGCGUGCCUACCGACCGCCUCGUGUUUGUCGUCGGCUCGAGCUACCAGCUCACCGAGGCGUACAACAUGGACAACUACCGCCUCUGCGCCUCGGUCACCGAGCACGACGCCAAGAAGGCGGGCGCCGAGGUGGUCAAGCAGGUCGCCUCGCCGCUGCUUUCUGGUUUGCUCUACCCGGGACUGCAGGCGCUCGAUGAGCAGUACCUCGGCGUCGACAUGCAGUUCGGCGGUGUGGACCAGCGCAAGAUCUUUACGUUUGCAGAGCAGUACCUGCCCAAGCUCGGUUACAAGAAGCGCGCGCAUCUCAUGAACGCCAUGGUGCCCGGCCUCAAGGGCUCCAAGAUGAGCUCCUCGGACAACUCGUCCAAGAUCGACUUCCUCGACACGCCCAAGGAGGUGUCCAAGAAGAUCGCCAAUGCCGUCUGCGCGCCCGGCGAGGUGGAGGGCAACGGUGUGCUCGGCUUUGUGCGCGCCGUGCUCUUCCCCAUUGCACGCCUGCGCGUCGAGUCGGAAGCCAUGGGUACGCCCGUCCAGGAGUCGCAGGGUGCAUCGCGCUCGUUUGUCGCAUCCGACGCUCCCAAGGGUUCGAUGUUUAGCAUCGUGAGGCCCGAAAAGUACGGCGGCUCGCUCCACUACUCGUCGUACGCGGCGCUCGAGAAGGACUACGUCGAGGGUGCGAUCCACCCUGCCGAUCUCAAGAAGGCCGUGGCCGAGGCGAUCACUACGCUGCUCGAGCCCGUGCAGAAGCUGUUUGAGACCGACGCCGAGUUCAAGAAGGCCAAGGAGGAUGCCUACCCAGAAGACACGCCCGUGGUCAAGAAGAAGAAGGAGAAGAAGAUCAACCCGCGCUUUGCGCAUCUGUGCACCAAGGAGGAGGGUGGCACUGCCGAGACCGAGGAGGAGGCACAGGCCAACAGGGAUAAGGAGGAGCACGCCAAGGCGGCGGCUAAGGCGGCCAAGAAGAACGCCGAUGGCGCAGAGGCUGCACGUGCCGGCGUGGAAAAGGUGCAGCUGAGCUAG